AUGGCAUGCGGGCUCUUCAACCGCGGUUCUGUAGACUAUGUCAACGUUUUACCUCUGGAUGGGGGGUUCCGGCCAGGAGAAAGCUAUGGCCGGUGGAAGGAUGCAGAGAAGCUCAGAGUACAAGUGAUGGAGGUUUGA